GCCGGGCUAGUCUCGAUAUCGCUCGAUCGUCGAUCACAAUUCAAGCGUCAAUUUCAGUCCAGCUCUCCCGUCAAGGAUCGCUGAAUAAUUUUAAGAAUGCAUUUCUCAAUUCCCGACACGCAAGAAUGCAAAGACGAGCAUGGAUCGAGUUAUAGGGUUUAUAACGUCCACGUGAAUGGGGUCUUCCACUGCUCGGUUCGCUACUCGCAGCUCCAUGACUUUAAUGAACAAGUAAAGAAGGAAUUUGGCAACAGCUUUACGGGAUACCAGAAAUUUCCCCCCAAGAAGUUCCUAUCCCUCACCCCUGCUCAGACAGAGGAAAGAAGGGAGAAGCUUGAAAAGUACAUACAGAUCAUAAGUCAAGAUCCAAGGAUAGCAAACAGCGAUAUUUUCAAUGGCUUCCUCCUGACAUCACAGAAAGAGACAAGAAAGGAAGAACCUGAAGAUGUUCAGCUUGAAGUCUUUAUGAUGAACGGAAGUAGGGUCAAAGUGGACAUCAAAUCAACAGAUCAGACAGAUGAUGUUUUAGAGAGAGUGACAUCAGAGAUAGGUUUACCUGAGCAGUUCACCUACUACUUUGCUCUCUUUCUGGUUAUCAAAGACAAGGAGGAAGAAGCUGGAACCAUCAUCAGAAGAAUCCAAGAUUUCGAAUCGCCUUAUAUUUCAUUGAAAGCUGCCACAGGAACAUGCAAAAUAGUCCUCAGAAGAAAUUACUGGGAUCCAAAUUAUGAUAGUGAUCUUCUUGAUGAUAGGGUUGCUCUACAGUUACUAUAUGUUCAGGCCCUUAGUGAUGUUAGUAGAGGAUGGGUGUUAGCUUCAGAAGAUCAAAUGGCCAGGUUACAUUCCCUCAAGGCUAAGAAUUCUAAGAAAGAGUAUAUCAAAUUUGCACAAACCCUUAAGUACUAUGGCACAUUGCAGUUCAAGCAGUGCACAGUCAACUACCCGGAACCAGAGACGAAGACAAUUAUCAAUGCAGGUAACAAGGAACUCUACUUCAGAGUUGAACUUCCAGACAAGUCAACCAAAGAGGGCAUCUUCAAAAUCACUAGGAUGAGAUGUUGGAGGAUAACUAAUAGUGCUGACAAAGAGGCAAGGAGAGCGUCUGGUGCUGAACCCAUCGUGGUUGACAAGGACAAAGACAGUCAGCUUGAACUGUCCUUUGAGUACUUGGUAGCAAAGAAUAAACUGCAGUGGGUCACUAUUAGUAGUCGGCAGGCCAUUCUCAUCAGUCUAUGUCUCCAGAGCAUGGUGGAUGAACUGCUACUUCAGAAGAAAGGAGGACAUCUUAAGAGGCCACAAGACAGAGUAAAGGGUCCCACAAGGCAGUUCAAAGGACGAGAUGGUCAGGUGAUCACGUCUAUCUCAACGUCAAGUCCUGUAGUCAGGCCUGAGAUACCCAAUGGUGCACCUAGCCCUACAGAAGAAAACAAGACAGCAUCAAAGGCAAUUGACUCUGUAAAAAAGAUAUCGGAGAAAAUUCAGAGUGCUAGUGGAAAGACGCAAGGUGCAUCAGCUGUGGUGGAGAAUGAAAUCUUUGAAGGCAUUGGUGAAGAGGACCUUUGAACUUUGGGGUGAACUCUUCAUUUUCUUGCAUACGUUUUGAUAUAUAGUAUCAUGUAUUUCAUAAUGUAAUUAUCAAAACACACUGUGAUAUUCUGAUUAUGAGAGAAGAUUUUCGCGGGAAUCAAUCAGUGUAAUAAAUCUAAGAAUGUUGUAAAAAAAAAUACCAGACUUAUGUUUAUAAAUGAGAUAACCAAAAUUUUCUUUGAACUUUGUAAAUAUGUACAUGAACAUAUAUAAAUGCAAACAAUGUACAAUCACGGGAAAACUGAGCUCGGGGGUGUUUCAUCAACAUUUUUGUCCGACAAGUUGGCAGAUCUGACAACUUUCCUUGAUUUUGAUUGGCUGAGAAGCACUAUUACUAUGGUAAUUGUCGGAUAGGAUGGGCCUUGUCAGAUAAAACGUCCGACUUUCUUUUCAUUAAACGCUCCUCAGAUAUUACUUUGAAAAUUAGUGCUCCAUUUUAUUGCUACAUCAGAAAGUGAUUGUAAAAAUUGUUAAAGGAGUUUGAGCUCAUAGUUUAUAUUCUGCUUUUAAGAUGAAAGAGAAAGAAUGUGAUAUUACUGAGAAUUCAGAGAAUUCUUUAAAUUAUUAUAAAAAAAGAGAAUUACAGAAUUGGCUACAAAGUACAUGUAAUUUUACAUUAGGCAAAUAAUCUUAUUUAUAUUAUAUAGAGAAUGUACAGUAAUGCAAAAUUAGAUAUUUUUGAUUAUCUUUUCCUGAUUUUGUCAAUUUUUUAUCUUAUAUCUUUCAUAAAUCAUUUCAUUUGUGUUUUCUUUCAUGUAAUAUAUCUACUUGUGUGAGUCUCUGUCAUUUUAUGCACAUGUAUCAUUUUAAACAGUAAUGGAGGCUUAAAAAAUAUGAUUUUAAAGAUGAAAGUUUCAAAUUACUUGCAUUUUGUAAUUAUCCUGUUGAAAAGUGAUUUUUUUUUUUUGUCUCUGUAAGUACUUUUAUUGAUUUCAGUACCCUUCAAAUCGUUUGCACUGGAGGCAAUAUCAUGAAGAUUUUUCCUUCUGUUUACGAUAUUGAUUUGUUGCUAUACCUUGGCGCCAAAUUCUAUAGAAUUUAGGUUGAUUGGAUCAAUCUCAACUUGAUAGAACAAAUAACAACUUAUCAUAGAACCUUAUGUUUGUAGAGAUGAUUUUUUUUCUUCUCAAAAUGCAAACUUUUUUGUUCAGGGACCGAUCAUAGUAUGAUAUCGUAGACAUGGAUGUGGUGAUCCGUAGUCGUGUAUCGCCUGUAGAUAAUCACACUGUUAAGAGAUGUUGGAACAAUUUUAGCUCCACCCUUUUGUGAAAUAUGGCUUGCUUUGUGUGGUUUAUGCCAAAUGACUAUUAUGGUAGAGCCAUAAAAAUAAGAUAAAAUACUAAUGCAGAACACAGAAAGAGCAGCAAAAGAAGCUACAUUUCAAGUAAUCUUUCUAAUUGUUUCAGAUUUUUCUGUUUAAUUCUGACAUUUUUUUCAGGGAAAAAUUGGAACAUAGGAAGUGAUAGCUCGUAACAUAUGAUACGUCUACUCUGUCCUACAGUAAUGGUUUGUUAAUAAAGGUGCUUGUGCUUGUGAUUUAAAAAAAAUGUUUUUAAUAAUGCAGCAAAGAAUCACCCUGACUUUAGCAGUACAGCUGCUUUGCACCCUGCAUUUUCAUUUACAAUUUGUUAUCUUGUCAUUUCAUCUAAUUUUUAAUGUUUUUUUUUUUCUUUAAGAUUAAGCUAUGGAGGUUUGAGAAAUUCCAAACCAAUGUAAGGCUUGAGUAUUUUCAACUUUUUAUUGCUUUUUAUAUGAUCUUCAUGUUUGUAUUUGAAAUGAAUUCUAAUUGUAUCUCACUGCGGGCCAGUAUUUAUGUAAUACUAAUAUUCUAAAUUGUGUAUUAAACAACUCUCUGGACUACUCUCAAUAUGUAAACCCGUUUACAUAUCUUUGGUCAUCAAGUUAGGUUGGAAAAUAAUUUUGUACCAUAGUCUACAUGUUCUUGUGCUGUAAGAUCAGUAACUGUUACGCUCUGCCAGUGCCAUUUUAUUAUACUGUCACAUUUUUUAUGGUUAGGUUAAGAACUUCAUCUGCCUAUAAAAAUUCAAAUGUGAGACCUGCCAAUGAAGAAACAAAAGAAAUAAAAAUAAUGUGCCUCGAAAAAAAUUAUAUUAUAUAGCAUAUUUCUUACUCAUUUAGAUGAAUGGAAAUGAAAAUAUUUUGCAUAAAUAAAGCUUUGAAUAUUAUAUAUAUAUUUAUAUGAUAUAUUUUCAGCACCAAGUAUCAUGUAUAUUAUUUGCCUAUAAGCAAGAAGUGUGCACCUGCUAUGUACCAUGUAAGUAACACAAAAUGGAUCCAAAAUAAGACAGAUAUGUAGCUGUAAUGUAUUAGAAACUAACCAUAAAACUUGUUUGUGUAUUGCUUAUUUAAUAUUUAAAGGUAAUGUAAAUCCCAAAGGUUGGUUGGGGUACAAAUAAAUUUGCACUUAAUACCGCAACACAGCCAACAGUCUAAAUUUCCCAGCAUUAAUCGCAAUACUCCGGGCAACAUGUCUUCUGGUUCAGCUUUCAAGGAAUAGCCUUUGAACAGAAAAUUGCCAACAUAGGAAUUCCAGUCAAAUAGCCAUUCCCCACGAAUAGGUAACUUGUACAGGGGGCCGUUUCAUAAAGCUGUUCGUAAGUUAAGAACGACUUUAGUACGACUGGUGAUCCUUUCUUAUGCACUAAACCAUUGCCAAUGAACAUUUUGGUAUAUACCAUUUACCACAAGAAAUGAUCACCAGUCUUUCUUAAAGUCGCUCUUAACUUACGAAUAGCUUUAUGAAACACCCACCAGGUAACUCACCCUAUUUCAUAUAUGUCAAAGGCAAGAUGAGAUUUGUAUACAUUGCUUGUUACCGAUAAAUUAGACAUAGUAUUAAGUCUCUAGAUAUUUUAUAGGACGUUUAUACAUUGUUGAAUGAACAGGUAUUUAGUUACGGUAUGUUCCUUUGAUGCUUUCCAGAUACUUAUGAAAAUUAUCUCAAACAAAGACACAUUCUUUGUUUAUGUACAAUUGGAGAUUGAUAUUGGCAUCAGAAUGAGAAAGGUUUUCAACAGAUUUACACUUUGGAAAAUGCUCAUUAUGCCCCUUCAAUAGGUCAAUUGUAAACCUUUUCCAAUUACCACAGAACAAGUACCAUACCGAUUCUAAAAACAGCAAUUGUACCACAUAGGCAUGAUAAUGUUUUGUGUGCUUCCAAUAUUCUUGUAACAUACUUUGGUCACAGAUUCCAAUGGAUUAUACACACAUGAAGAGACAUGUAGAGACCAGUAAAAAAAGAAAGAAUGUUUUGCAGCUACCAUAUGAUAUUAUUAUAAUAUGUCCAUGUAUAUACAUGUGAUAAGACAAGAACAUUUCAGUAUUCUAUAUUGUAUUAAUCGAUUGUAGAUAUGUUCAUGUAUAGUGAUUGUAUUUAGACCACAGUUGAAUGGUGUUAGAAUAUAUCCAUGUAGAUACAUCAUGUAGUAUGGGUUGGUUCAAGUCAGGGUGGAAUUUUUAUAUGUAUGUUAGAUCAAUAUAUAUGCCUAAAAUUGCCAAUCAGUUUUUUUUUUAAUGAGUCAAGAGAGAUACUGAUAAAGAUAGUUUUCAUAUUUUUUAUUUAGUUUUAAUCACUUUUGCUUGUCAUGUUUCGGAUGACUAUUUCUCUAUGAAAGUGAUUACAAAGAAUGCCACUGUUCAGACAACAGUAGGAAUUUCUUCUUUAUUAACAUAUUUAAUGGCCACAGAAAGUAUAUUCAUCAUCUGUAAAGCCAAUGUCCAUUGAGAAGUUUGUAGCUUUACACUGAUUCUAAAAAGCAACAUCUGGCAUAUUAUGUAAUUAUUAUUUUUUUUAUAUAGAUGAGAUGUUUUAUUGAUAUUUUAUGCAUUGCAUUGUGCAUAUAUGUUUUGGACCUUUUUUCCCCCAAGGGAAACCAAAUUUGCAUGAUUUUUAUGUUCAGCGUCCGAUGUAUCCCUUUGACAAUGAUAAUGGGAAAUCAUUGAUCAUUGAGAGAAUAUGUAUUUUGUCAGAAUCUUGUCUUCAUAUGCAGCGUUUUCUAAUGAAAAGGUUAUCCCAGUGGUUUGAAAAUCGGAAUAGGGUUGUU